ACCUCGCCUGACCCCCCCCUCCCCCGACAGUAGGGGGUAGCCCAUGACUCCUCCGUGGGGCUGAGAAGUCCCCUCCCCCCACGGCCCCCCCAUGCUGCCCCGCUCGCUGCGCCAUCUGCUGGAGGGGGCCCGGCUGGAGCUGGGGGAGGAGCAGGGGGUCACUCUGAGCGGGUACCGGAGCUGGUCCCCCGACCCCCCGCAGCCACAGCCCCCAGUGACCCUGACGGAGGAGGCCGAGGAGGGAGUGAUCUACACAGUGACCACGCGCCAGUCCGGGGGCGCCCAGCCAGGGGCCCCGGGGGGGGCGGGGAGCCAGGCCCGCUCACUGAAGGCCGGGUCGCUGGUCCGGCUGGUUCGGCACCUCCUGGAGGCCCAGACGCUGGGCGACGCCGCCUACGUCCCUGCCUUCCUGGUCACCUACCGGGUGUUCACCCGCCCCCCGACGGUGCUGGGGUUGCUGCUCGACAGGCUGGAGGAGGUCGGGGCGCUGGAGCUGAGGCCCGUCUCCCCGGAGACAGCUGAGCUGCAGCGGGCCUUCUCCUCGGUGAUGUGCUCCUGGCUGGACGGGUACCCCGAGGAUUUCGGGGGGGCCUUGGACCCGGGCCUGGUGGAGCGACUGGGCCGGAGCCUGCAAUGUGCCCUGGGGCAGGGCUCCGAGGCCGAGAGACGCCUGCUCGCCCUGCGGGGGGUGCCGGGGGGGCCCAGCAAUGGAGGGGCGGCACUGUUCCUGCGGGUCGUGCCCUACCAGUGCCUGGGCUCGCUCUGGUCUCAGCGUGACAAGAAGGGGCGGGAGCGGGACUGCCCCAGCGUCCGUGCCACGGUGCGCCAGUUCAACCGCCUGGCGGGGGCCGUGAUCCGCUCCUGCCUGGCGGGGCCGGGGCUGCGCCCCCAGCAGCGGGCUCGGAUUCUGGAGAAAUGGAUCCACGUGGCCGAGGAGUGCCGCGCCCUGAGGAAUUUCUCAUCUCUCUGCGCCAUCAUCUCCGCCCUGCAGUCCAGCCCCGUGCACCGGCUCAAGCGGACCUGGGACGAGACCGCCAGGGACGCGCUGCGCAGCUACGAGGAGCUCAGCACCAUCUGUUCCGAACAGGAUAACUACAGCCUGAGCCGGCAGCUGCUGUUCCAG